AUGCCAAGCGCGUCGCUGCGGUCGCUCGGGUUCGCUCUCGCACACCGCGCUCUCGCACGCGCGCGUCUCGUCUCCGCCUCGACCUCGUCCCGCGCGCGCGCGCGCGCGCCGUCGUCGGCGUCGUCGUCGUCGUCGUCGUCGCUCGGGUCGGCAACCCGCCUCCCUCGCGCGUCGCCGUCGCCGCCGACGCGCGCCCGAGCGAUGUCCGGCGACGCGAACGGCGCCGCGGAGCUCGCCGCGAUGUCGUGCAAGGCCCUCGGCGCGUGCUCCAAGGACACGCCGCGUCUCGCCGCGGACGAGAUCGCGACGAGGCUCGCGUCGCUCGGACCAACGUGGACGCUCGACCCCGCCGGCCUCGCGAUCAAGCGCGCGUUCGUCGCGAAGAACUGGCGGUGCGCCAUCGACUUCGUCAACGCGCUGUCCGACGUCGCGGAGAGUGAGGUGCGUCCCAUACACUGGUCCCCAUACGACCGCGUCGGCGUGGUGAACGCCGGGCAUCACCCGGACGUGGCGGUGCGAAACUAUCGAGAGGUGGAGGUGGUGUGCAGCACGCACGCCGCGGGCGGGCUGACGUUGCACGACUUCGUGCUCGCCGCGAAGGUGGACGCGCUGCCGGUGACGUACUCGCCGAAGUGGGCGCGAGAGAACGGGCUCGCGCCGUGA